AUGUCAGCACUUUACCCGGUUGAAAGGAAUCCUCAACGUUUAACUAAGUACCCGCACUAUAAACAUCAUUUAAAAUGUGAUGGAUUAGAGUUCCCCAUGUCUCUGGAUCAAAUUAAUAAAUUUGAAAAGAUGAACCCACAGCUAUCGAUUAACGUGUACGGCUACAAAGAUACGUUUCUACGUGAUUUAGAAAUUUUCCCUGUACGCCAUUCAGUAAAUUGUGGUGAAAAAGAAGCGGUGCGGGUACGAAUGCCUGAAACUGAUGACGAGCGGUUCGUUGAGUUCAAAGAUUUCAACAGCAAGGAACGUGUUGAGUAUAUGGUGUACGCUGACUUUGAGGCACUAUUGGUACCACAACAUCAUGAAGACAUGGAAAUGGAUCAUGGGUCUUAUACAAAAAAUAUUCAAAAACAUGUACCCUACAGUGUAGGUUACUAUGUUCAUUGUACCCAUGAUCCCAACCAAUCGUUUUAUAAGGCAUACCGUGGUGCUGAUUGUGUCAAGUGGUUUGUUCAUGAACUGGAACAAGUAGCGUACUCAUUAGAGCAAAAAAUAAAACACGUUAAACCAAUGUAUCCGCUCACCGUCGAACAAGAACUGGAUUCUAUGUCAGCAGAGAAGUGUCACAUUUGUGGUAAAGAUUUCGUAUCCAAUUCCAUACGUGUUCGCGACCAUUCACAUCGCACAGGUGUCUACCGUGGAGCAGCACACCAAUUUUGUAAUCUGCAUUAUCAAGAUUCAAGGGUGAUACCUGUUGUGAUGCACAACUUAAGUGGAUACGAUUCGCAUUUUAUUAUUGAAGCUCUGCUGACGGAAAUCGACGGUCAAGUUGAUGUGUUGCCCAUCAACAAAGAAAAGUACAUCAGUUUCACAAAGCACGUCUCGGACAUUCAAUUAAGAUUCAUUGAUUCCUUCCGAUUUCUCGCAGACAAGUUGGAAAAUCUGGCCUCAUAUUUAGAUAAUGAUAAAAAAUCCAUUUUACAUAAAGAGGUCAGUAAUGAUGAACAAUUUCAAUUGCUAACGAGAAAAGGUGUAUUUCCAUAUGAAUACAUGAGUAGCUGGGGACGUCUCCAAGAGACAAAAUUACCACCAAAGGAGGCGUUCUACAGUGUGUUAACAGAUGAACACAUAACGGAUGAGGAUUAUAACCAUGCGAUACAGGUAUGGAACACAUUCAAUUUACAUACACUAGGUGAUUAUUCAGACCUGUAUAUGAAAACUGAUGUGUUACUACUUGCGGAUAUUUUUGAAAAUUUCCGUAACACUUGUAUUCAUAGCUAUAGUCUCGAUCCUAGUCACUAUUACACACUUCCUGGCUAUACGUGGAGCGCCAUGUUGAAAUACACCAAUAUCAAAUUGGAAUUGUUCACGGAUAUUGAUGACUUGUUGUUUAUCGAGAAAGGAAUCAGAGGCGGUGUAAGUCAAUGUUCUAAUCGCUAUGCUAAGGCAAACAAUAAGUACAUGGAAGAGGGGUAUGAUAAAACUCAAGAAGAUGUCUACCUUAUGUAUUAUGAUGUGGUGAACCUAUAUGGUGCAGCCAUGUGUGGAUACCUACCAACAGGAAAUUUUAAGUGGGUCGACACACCAAACAUCGAGGAUGUUGCAGAUGAUUCACCAGUCGGGUACAUUUUAGAAGUAGACCUUGAAAUACCCCAACAUCUACAUGAUAACUUUAGCGAUUUACCGCCAUGUCCGGAGACAACGAAACCACCUGGAUCAAAACAAAAAUAUCUUCUUAAUGGAUUAUAG